UUGACAAUUUGUCUGAAUUGUCAUUAAAAAUUUUAGAAAAUAUAUUUUUAGAUAAUUAACUGAAAUUACGAUUUAACUUCUUAGAUAGUUGAAAGGCAGUAGAUUACAAAGAAAACUAAAAAAAGAGAUUAUUUUUCUUUUUGGGAAAAAAAUAGCAGAAGGCAGUGUUGUGUGCUCGUGCAUUUUUUCUGUUGUUCUAAAUCAUAAUAUAUUUUAAUUUGUACUGCACGCUUAUUAUCACAAGAUUAUGGACGAAUAAAAUAUUUAGAAGAUUUUAAAAUUAAAAUAUGGAGACACUGCAAUCGCUGGAAAUCACAAUUGAAGAUCUUCCAGAUGAGGUCUUGGAGUUUAUAUUAGGUUUCCUGCCACCUUACAAAGAUCUUCAAAAUUGUAUGAGUGUUUGUAAAAGGUGGUGCAACUGCGCCCAAAAUGUUUUACAUAAAACUUCAAUAAAGCUGAUAAAGGCCAUUGGUGAUUUCAAUAUACUAUGGAAAAAUAUAGCAGCUACUGAUGUGGUACCAACAAUAACAAAAAGAUUUUCACAUUCAGCAUGUAUCCUUGAGAACAACAUGUAUAUUUUUGGCGGGUGCACUACUAAUGCAACAUCAUUUAAUGACUUGUGGAGGUUUGACCUCUCAAGACGGCAAUGGAUAAGACCUCUUGCGACUGGUACAUAUCCUGUCCCUAAAGCAUACACAACAAUGGUUGACUACAAAGACUGUCUGAUUGUUUUUGGAGGCUGGACCUACCCCUCGCUUUCCCAAUACUAUCAAAAUGUUACUAUGUUUAAUGAUAUACAUUUCUAUUGUAUCAAAACAAAUAAAUGGAUAUUAAUAAAUACAACAAACCCUCCACCGCCAAUGGCUGGACAUUCAGCUUGUAUUAAAGGGGAUGAAAUGGUUGUGUUUGGUGGUUUGAUUAUGUCAGCCGCACAGAACUUUCAAAUACAAUGCUCCAAUGAUAUUUGGGUGCUCAAUUUAUCAACAUGUAUUUGGAGAAAGCAAUUAACAACCAAGCCUAGACCAUCGCCUAGAUAUGCCCAAUCUCUUAUCAGAAUAGAUUCUGACAGGUUAAUGUUGUUAGGAGGUGUUCAGACAUUACAAAAUCGUUUUGUUUAUAGUGAUUGCUGGAUACUUACUAUGAAAGGUCCAACGUGGACUUGGAAAGAGAUAGCUGUUAAAAAUAAAGAAUGGGCAUCUGCUAAUAUUUGGUGUAACCCUGCCUGCCGUGUUGGCGAUAAAGUAGUGAGUUUGAGUAGAAGCAGAAAUGGUUGGAAUAGUGCUAAACCUAUGGUAACCUCUGCGGUCAGGCUAUCCAGGGCUGAAGGGGCUCCAGUGGCAGUGAGAGUUGAACAAAGCCUGCAAAGACCAUUAGACAGAGAUCAGAAUAUCAACGGAAGACGAGGAGUUUUACCACGACAAAGAGUUCCUGCAAAUGAACCAGUGGCUGGGCCAAGUAAUGAAGCAGAAAAAGGAGAAAAGGCCAGACCUUUUAAUGAAAAUGUUAAUUUACAAGCUAAUGCUUCUUCUAGUGGGGAACCUAGACAGUCAUUUAACAGUUUUGAUGCAGCAAAGAAAGAAUCAGCAUUGAGAAGAAAUAAAAAUAAGAAUAAAGGGAUGAAGAUUGUGAGACAGCUACAAGAAGCAAAUAAAUAUAGGAUGGCUGCCUUUGCAUGUGACUCUACUGGAAGUAACACACCACCUGAAAACGAUCUUAUUAAUCAAAGACAAAUAGCUCAUUUGGAAAAUCGAUUAGAGCCAAUCCCUGAAAACCAACAACAGAGACCACCAGCAGUAAAAAAAAUUAAAAGGAAUACAUUGGCAAUGCAUGUUCUUGAUAUAUCCACUGUAGUAGAUGGGAACUCAAUGAACUAUGUAUCUUGGUUAUGCCCUCGUCUUGGAGAAAUGCAUGGAGCACCUGAAGAACUGGUCAUGUAUUCUUUAGUCAAAGGGAAUGGAGAACUAAUAAUGUUUGGGGGCGUCCAUAAUGACAUAAGCAUUUUAAACUAUUCCGAGCAACAAAACAUGUACUCAAAUUCAUUACAUUUCAUAACACCACCAAGGGAUGUUAUUUGAAAUCACUUUUGCUCCAGUAAAACUGCAGUUGUGAUUAUACUAAGAUUUUUAAUUAAUUACCCAAGUAUAAAACAAUAUAAAAUAUAAUGAUGAAUGUGAUAUAGUUGCAUACUUUUUCUUAAAGCUAAAUAAUAAUUAUAUAUAUAGUAAAAUAUUUGCUUGACUCAGAAACUUUAACUGUAUCUCCAAUCAUAAUAAAAUAAGAUGAUGAAAGAUCAUUUUUACUGUCCUAAUUCUGCUAAAAUAUAAAGUUAAAUACCUGUG